UGGCACAAUGCAUCUAUUGUUUUGGAAGCAGCAAACUGGGUAAAAUGUUUGUUAAGCAAACAUUGUCUUCCCAUAGUUAUUUAAAUUAUCCUAAGCAAUGGGAGAGCAGCAACAGAUUGAGCUGCAAUUCCAGCAACAACAAGAGUUGCCAUGUGAGCAGCAACAGAGUGUAAAGCUUGUGGACACUGGGGAGGCGAGGGCGGAAGAGCCGCCGCUGAUGGUUAUUAGCGCAGUGUAUAGCUUGAAGCCAGCGAAACGGCCAUUGACGAUUAAACAACUAAUUGCUAAGAAACUGAAGGAAAGGCACCAUCGAGUUAUAGCUAGGAUCGAGAUAAGCGACAGUGAAUCCGAGAAUGAAGAGGAGGCAGCACCCAGAGCAAAUAUUGAUAAGAAUUUGCCUUUGGCUACCGCUGGAUGCGACCUGAGGAAAUCAGGCCAGAUCAUUGAACUGCCGUGAGUUCAAGGAGUAGCUCUAAUCCAGUAGAAAUAAUCAAUAAAAUUCAAUAAUUAUUAGUUUGUGCACUAACUAAAAUAAAUGUAC